UGGUGAACUGCAGACGUUGUGUCGAUUGUUUGGUGAUCACGUACGUGGAAGUGUGGUGGUGUUUCGUUUAUAAAAGAGUCCAUGGUGUUGGCAGUGGUGGGUGCCGUGAGGGCCAGGUGUUGGGUGGCGGUGUGGCGGCGUGACUCAGGCUGGGCACACACUCCUCCCCCUGGCUGUCUUUUGUUAGCACUCAGGGUGUGUUGUGCCUGCCCGCUGCACCACACCAACCCUCUCCAGUGGUGCUGCCCUGUAAGGAGUGUGUGCUGCAGUGCGUGGUAGUUGCAGUGCCAGCUAUUGCCACUUAGCUUGGUGCAACCUGUUGAUCGUUUAGCUUUGCAUACCGGAUACUUUGCUAUUAUGUGGUGAGGGUUGAGAAAACAUGGAUCCUGAGCAACAGUUCUGUUUGCGCUGGAACAACUACCAGUCAACACUCCAGCAUGUCUUCCACAAGCUCUGGGUGGCAGGAACGUUUGUGGAUGUCAGUCUGGUGGUGGAGGGCCGACGGCUGGACUGCCACAAGGUUGUGCUGUCAGCAUGUUCCUCCUACUUUGAGCACAUCCUUCGCGACCACAGCAGCCACCCACACCCUCUGAUCCUGCUGCAUGACCUCCCCUACUCGGCUGUGGAGGCCCUGGUCACAUUCAUGUACCGGGGUGAGGUCAAUGUGAGUCAAGAACAGUUGGCUGCACUCCUGAAGGUGGCAGAGACUCUGAGAGUUAAGGGACUGGCAGACUCUGGUGCCAUUAGUAGUUUCACCAAACGACAGCUGCUAGAACGCUGCAUCCCCCUCCUGGAGCAUGCACCAUGCAUCCCCCCACCACCCAGCCCAGCAGUGAACAGCCUGGGAGCGGUGACAGUCCCAACCACUUCCAUCGUCCAGCCCAGGAUGACCCCAACAACAAGAGUUAAUUUAGGUAAAACUGGUUCAAGUGUGCUCAAGAACCUGUGCAAUGGAGGUGUUAAGAGAGUGGAGUCAUUCGGCCCAAGCACAAGCCCUGGUCCCAAGAAGAAGAGGCCCCGUUCAGAGGAGAUGAUCCCUGCUAUGACCCCUACCACUUCUCUCCCCUUGAGUGAAGUGCCACCAAGUGAAGCAUCUCAACCCUCACCAGAAUCUUCCACAACACCUACUGAAACAUUCAAGCAAGAAGCCGCAGAUGAGACAGAUGGAGAACUCCAGAUAGAUGAAUCUGCUGGCCAGUCCCCUGUUGAGACCCCGGAGUGUGAUGCCAACUCUAUAGGACCUGAUGCAGAGACAGAGGCAGAAGAUGAAGAGUCUCACCAGAGUAUUCCACAGGAGGUCAGUUCUGUUCAGAAGCAGGAUGUUCCUCCACUCCAUCUCAGUGAGGGCACCACCACCCUUCCCAAAGAUGGCCUGGAGCAUUCUCAGCCAUUCACCCACCUACACCAAGGACCUCUGGAUGGUCUGCAGGGCAAGGAACGGACUGGCAGCAUCGGUGGUAAGUCUUGUGAGAGGACCUACACUCACUUGGACUUAGAGGAAGGUAUUGAGGCUGUUCUCCUCGGGCACCUUACUCCAGCCAAAGCCAUUGCACAAUACAGAAUUCCCCGCAGAACCUUCUUCCGUCGGCUGUCAGCCGUUAGGAAGAGCAGAGGAAUACCUUCUGCUAAGGAAAAUGCUGCUGAUCAUUUCCUCACAGCUACAGCCACAGUUGGUGACACAGCCUCCCAACUCAUGCUUCCUGUCUCAGACUCGGACUCCUAUGCUUCCUCCCUCAAGAUCAAGUCUGACCGGCCUGUGUUGAUAGCUCCCAAGGAAGCUAAAAACAAGGGCAAGAAGGGGGAUGGAGUCAUGGCUCCAAAUAAUAGUUACUUUUCCUUGCUCAACUUGGCUGCAACUAAUAACUAUGAUGCUUACCUUAACUACCUAAAGCUUGUGGCACAACAGGGUGACAAUGGCAAUCACGAGGAGAUCCUUGAGGCACUGAGGAAGGGUCAAGUCAAGGAGGGCAAGCCAGCCGUGGAUGACAACAGAAAUGUGUCAGAGGCAGCCCUUGCCCUCGUGUCUCACAACGUGUCGGCUGAAUAGUGUCUACUUGCCAUCCAGUCGAUUCCUUCUUUCCUCAGUGAAGUGGUGGAACACUACUUCUGCCUUGGGCUUCCUAUAGAGCCUGGUGCCAAUUGCAACUAACCAUUCCAUACAACAUUCCAUUAAUUUUAAGGCUUCUUAUUGUAUAUACAUUUAUUUAAUUGGAUGGGCGCAUAUAUGAUAUUCUUCAGCCAAAGCAUAUCCUGGAUUUUUUUUUCUCUUUUUUUUCUCUAUUGUACAUUAUUUAUUGUAUUUUUCCUAUGAAGCUAUGGAUAUAGGUAUGUUUUCAGUAUUAUCCAGUUUUCAUGAUUAAGAAGAAAGUAAUGUUACAUGAUGUCCUUUUUUGAUGUUCUCUUGUGAGUUGUUCUUUUAGAAGGCUUGAAUAUUUUAGGAAAUGAUUAUUUCAACUUUUCCUCAAGCUGUUUAGAAAUUCUUCUUAAGCAUGUUGAACUCAUGGUAUUUGAAUUUGGUAUUAUGUGGCAGGUAGUCUAAUAAGGAAUCUACUGCUCUUUCUAGACCAGCUAAACAUGGGGUAACCACACCUUGGUAUACUUGGGGUAACCGCCCAACACUGAAGUCUCAAAAACUGUGAUAACAUUUGGUACUUUAUACUAAUCAUACUCAACUUGCACAUUUGGCCUUCUCAAGUUGCUCUCUAGGAUAAGUACAUAGCUCCAGUGAGUCAUGUGGAGGGCAAAGCAGUUUCUGUCUGCCACAUGGAUCUGUCUGUGCCUUGUAGAUAUUGGAUACUUAGGUCAGAUAUUGUAGGUAGGGUUUUGCUUUUUCUUUCUUCAGAUGGUGGUGGUCUUCCAGAUAGGUUUUGUACUUAAUGUAAGGCAGCUCUGUGAAACGUUGCCGUGGAGUAUCUUCAUGUUUUAUUUAUUUAACCUUUUUGUUUUUUUGUUGUCCAGUGCCUGGUGACAAACAUUUCUUCAGGCUAACUCGCAGGAUUAGGUUCUUUCCCGUCCUUGAAUAACUUACUUGCUGAUGAGUGGAAUGUGGUGGUGAGAGGAAACAGGAGGAAGCAAAAAACACUUUAUUCUCUGAUGUUUUGCCUGUUGCCUCUUUUUCAGCUGAAGCACUGGAGAAUACUUUCCUCUCUCACAUUCCAUUCACUUGCCAUCUUACAUUAAUAAUUAAUCUCAAAUGCUUUGUUGUACUCUUGUGUUUGUAAGCAUUUUUAUGUAGAUUUACUUGAUUUGCAGUCAUCAGACGGAACAAUUCAUUAAGGUCAUGCCGUAAUUUCUCUCACCUAAGCAGCAGCAUUGACUACCUGUUCUAUAUGAUCAGCUCUACAGGGCUGUGUUUAAUUGCAAAACUUUUUUUUCAUAAUCUUCCCAAUGCAGUUAAAAUAGAACCAGUUGUCUUUUGGUUCAUGUAAUAUGAGUAAUGCAUUUUUACAGCAUUUUUUAGUAUUUUAUUGUGGACUUUAAGGAAGUGUUUUAAAAUUUUUUUCUUGAGGUUUCAUGUUUAAUAGUAAAGAAUAUAAUGAUAUUCCAUAGCCUUACUUUUGAUGAAAGGGGUGCUUUGCUGUUGUGUGACUCCACAGUGACAGCCACAGGACUGAGCAUCAAGCAGAACUGCCUUACAGAAUCUUUCUUUCCUGGUUGUGGGAUACACUUGUACCUGUAGUUGCUCAGCUGUCUUAGAAUUAGGCAUAAAGUAGUUAAGCUGUUAGGAAUUUGCAGGCAUUGUUGGUCAGUAUUUCCCCCCUCCCAUCGUCAACUGGCUUACUAUUAACCGACAGUUGGGUUAGCUGGUGCCUCAAUGACUGUAAAUUACUGUACUUGAGUAAUUUACUUUCUUGACCACUUCAAGGAUAUCUUUGAGCCAUGUGCUGCUCUUGUUCCUAUAGUGAAUAUUUUACUGUAUCACAAGUGUCAUUGUUCAUAUACUUGAGUAACAGGUACAACCCUGCCAUGGUAACCAGUACUCAGUGUGAUGGUGACAGGCACUGGGGAGGGAAGCCGGCAUGUGUGAGCCGGUCAGUUCCUCAACCAAGACACUGUAAUGAUGCAACUUGACAUGGCUGUGAUGAAUGCAUUCAAAAUGCUCCAUAUUUCAUAUUUUAUCUCAAAUUCUAGAACACAUAACUUUUUUUUAUAGUCAACUGUAGCUGAAGGCCAUUGCCUUGAAAUAUGCAAACCUUUACACGUCACAAGCUAACUUCUGCAUGGAAUUUCUCCUACAUUGUAUUUUAGAUAUAAACUGAUCAUGUGCUUCCAGUUUCUCAUGCAGUGUGGGAAUCUGUGCUGCUGUGGGUGUAAGUGUGCUGGACAGUGCUGGUCACUGUGGCCUUGGCCACCACAUGACCAGAGUGGUGUGUGGCACGUCCCAUUGUGAAUGUUUCUGUCUACCCCCCAUCCCUGAUCCCCCAAUCAUUGUGUGUAAUCCCUUCAUGUGAGUGUUGAACCCUCCACCAGACAGUGAGCUGUGUGCUGGUGGCUGUAGGAUUCCUGGUGGAGAGUUCAUUCUUGGUGGCAAUUAUCUCUUGCUCAUGUGUGGAUUGAGUCUGUGGGUAAUGAAGGCAGCUAGGUUAUCUGAGGAAGUGCAAAUAACCUUUCAGUGUUUUGUAUUGAAACAGUGGCAUUAAUAAGUUAAGGUAAAGGUUAGCGAUCUCAUUAUUUACAUUUAUGCCUAAGAAUACUACAUGUUAGUGGCAUCUGUCCUUUGCUUAGCAUUAUCUUGGUACCUGCAAUAGCUGGCAGCCCUAAACUGUUUGUAUUUUUUUUCUCUGGGCUUUCAGUUAUACUUGCUAAAGCAGAUUUGACUUUGUUUGUAUGUUAUGAAGACAGGGCAUUGAGUGCAUGUUCUUGUAUUCCAGUUGUCCUAGUUAUUGCUGGGAUGUCAUCUCAUGAGAGUGUACUUACACAGCCUGUAUGCAUGCAAGCAUCAGUAUACUAUGGCAUGAAAGUAGCAAUACUGUAUUAUAAUUGCCUUUUGGUGUAAAAUUAUCUGAUAUGUACUUAAGAUCUGAUAAGAAUCUGUGAUAAAAGGUAGCUUCUCUGUGCUUGAAUACAUUCCAUUUUUUGCCUUUUGGUAAAACUGUACUAUUCCAUUCCAUUCCACUCCCUGUGAUAAAACAUUUGCCUUGUAUUAACAUAUCUGCUGAUAUUCCUAAAACAUAAGAACAGUCCCAAGCAAAUUAAGCAGAAAAUAUAACAUUAAUUACUAUAUAAAUAUAUAGAACUUAAGUGACCUUAACAUUUACUGUAACAUUUAUAUGGAAAUUUAAGUGCUUUUGUAUGUGGACAGAUUCCUUUACUAUAAAGCUGGCGGAGGUGAGCCAGACAUUACUUUGUGAGACCCGGGAACCAAUCCUUCUGGUCUGGGGCGGUUAGAAGUCUUGUAUUUUUCUACAAGUUUCUGAAGAUUUUUCAAUAAAAGAUUUUCUAGGAAA